AUGAAUCAGCCUCCGAAGUCUGAUAAUAAUACCAGGCAACACUUAUUUCCUUUUGUAAUUCCAUCUAUUACGUUGGAUGGAGGAGAAAGAUACCCGCCAUUUUUUGAUACUUGUAUUGCAGGAGGCAUUGGAGGAUCAACAGCUGAUUUUAUUAUGCAUAGUGUGGAUACAGUAAAAACAAGGCUUCAAGGGCAACCCCAUAAUCGUGCGCAUAAAUAUACAAGCAUGGUACAAGCAUAUAAAUUAUUAUGGAAGCAAGAAGGAAUUAUGAGAGGAUUAUAUGCUGGUGUGACGCCUGCUAUGAUUGGAUCAAUCCCUGGCACAACUCUUUACUUUGCUAUUUAUGAGCUAACAAAACGUACAUUAAAUGAUUUAAAUGUACCCGAGGUGGCAUCUCAUUUGACAGCAGGGUCACUGGGUGAUUUAGCAGCUUCUUUUAUUUAUGUACCUUCUGAAGUCUUAAAAACUCGACUACAAUUACAGGGGAGAUACAAUAAUCCACAUUUUAUAAGUGGAUACAAUUAUAAAAAUACAUGGCAUGCAACAAAAAUGAUUGUAAAGUAUGAUGGAUUUAGUGCAUUAUUUCAUGGUUUUAGAGCAACUAUUUUGAGAGAUGUUCCUUAUUCAGCACUUCAAUUUGCUUGUUAUGAACAAUUUAAAAAGUUUGCACAAAAGAACUUUAUACAGCCUGGAGGACAGUUACCUAUUGGUAUUGAUAUGAUUACAGGAUCAUUAGCUGGGGGUAUUGCGGGUGCAAUCACAACUCCAUUAGAUGUCAUGAAAACAUUAUUACAAACACAACAAGGUGAUAAUAAAAAGAAAUCUACAUCAUUGUCAUCGUCAUCGUCAUCGUCAGCAGCAGCAGCAGCAACAACAACAACAACAACAACAGCACCUAAAUUAAUAGAGUCUCCUGUUAAACAUUACAGUGGAAUUAUAGACGGCAUGCUUUAUAAUUAUAAAAGUCAAGGAUUAAGCGGGUUAUUUAGGGGUAUCGGUCCUCGUGUGUUUUGGACAAGUCUCCAGAGCUCUAUUAUGUUUGUGGUCUAUGAACAAGUUUUACAUAUUCAAUCUAAUUUAAGAGACAAAGGUGAAUGGCCACCCUCUAGAGUAGCAGAGAAAUUUAUAUAA